AUGACAUCUGGUCAAGCCGUGUCGGCGCACUUUUCAAACCGCCACUCCCGUAAUCGGUGCACUAUGCAAAUCAGGCCAAGAUUUCGCUUGAAGACUCCCGGCUAUAAGCUCCCGAGUUUGAAGGGUCUCACUCUUGUUCCCUUACCUUCUAGUGUCAAACGGAUAACUAUUUUUUACGGUACUAACAAUCCAUAUUGUAAAUUUCUGGGUUGCAUAGGAGUUGUCUUGGAGUGGUCCGAAACCCUUACUUUUCCUUCCGUUUCAAUUUGCCAGGAUGGCUUCGGGGAAAGUAGCGAGAAGAUGUUGCACUCAAAACGCGGAUUUGAUUGGGUGGUUGCUCUCGUGAUCGAGUGUGCAUAA